GUGGAUGUGUAACCAUCUUGGCUCAUCUGAGGCCACGUCUUUGGUGGGAUGUGGGAUGAGCUGGGAAACAGAACAAAUGAUCUAGCUACGAGGAAGUAAUCUGCCUUCUUACUGACUUGUGCUGCUCCUGGUAGGGCGUGCCAGGAAAAUGACUCCUGUGCACCCAGAGCUUGUCCCAAUCUGCUGCUGGGUCAUUCACAUUGCUGGUCCUCGGUCUGUUGUUCUUUGCCUUGAAAUACACAUGACCCCGAAAGUUGAUCCGGGUCCCUCUUUUCAAGCAGCCGUAGACACAGCAGAUGGAAAAUAUGCUCAGAAGUUGUUUAACGACCUUUUUGAAGAUUAUUCCAAUGCUCUUCGUCCAGUAGAGGAUACAGAUAAAGUCCUGAAUGUCACGCUCCAGAUUACACUUUCUCAGAUUAAGGAUAUGGAUGAAAGAAACCAAAUUCUGACUGCCUAUUUAUGGAUCCGCCAAAUCUGGCACGACGCAUAUCUCACGUGGGAUAGAGACAUGUAUGAUGGACUGGACUCCAUCAGGAUCCCCAGCGACCUGGUGUGGAGGCCGGAUAUUGUCCUGUAUAACAAGGCUGAUGAUGACUCUUCCGAGCCUGUGAACACCAAUGUGGUCCUGCGGUAUGAUGGGCUGAUCACCUGGGAUGCACCAGCCAUCACCAAAAGCUCCUGUGUGGUGGAUGUCACCUACUUCCCCUUUGAUCAUCAGCAGUGCAACCUGACCUUUGGUUCCUGGACCUACAAUGGCAAUCAGGUGGACAUAUUCAAUGCCCUGGACAGCGGAGACCUCUCGGACUUCAUCGAGGAUGUGGAGUGGGAGGUCCACGGGAUGCCUGCUGUGAAGAACGUGAUCUCCUACGGCUGCUGCUCUGAGCCUUACCCGGACGUGACAUUCACUCUCCUUCUGAAGAGGAGGUCCUCUUUCUAUAUCGUCAAUCUUCUCAUUCCAUGCGUGCUCAUAUCUUUUCUGGCUCCCUUGAGUUUUUAUCUCCCAGCAGCUUCUGGAGAAAAGGUUUCCUUGGGAGUGACCAUCCUUUUGGCCAUGACUGUAUUUCAGCUCAUGGUGGCAGAGAUCAUGCCGGCCUCAGAAAAUGUCCCUCUGAUAGGCAAAUACUACAUAGCCACAAUGGCCUUGAUCACCGCCUCCACCGCCUUGACCAUCAUGGUGAUGAAUAUCCACUUCUGUGGGGCCGAGGCCCGGCCAGUGCCACACUGGGCAAGGGUGGUCAUCCUGAAAUACAUGUCCAGGCUCUUGUUUGUCUACGACGUGGGUGAGAGCUGCCUUGGCCCUCGCCAUGACAGGGAGCGGGGCCGCCUCUCCAAGGUUUAUGGCCAGCUUCCAGAGCCUGAUCUGAAAACUGCCAGAAACAAAGAGCUUCCCAGAAAGAAGGAAAGGAUCAAACUUGUAAAGAACGACUUGAGGUACCCGGGUGAGACUCUGCAGGAUGCUGACAGCUACUGUGCACGGUAUACAGUGUUGAUGAGGAAUAUCGAAUACAUUGCCAAGUGCCUCAAAGACCACAAGGCCACCCAUUCCAAGGGGAGUGAGUGGAAAAAGGUCGCAAAAGUCAUAGACCGAUUCUUCAUGUGGGUUUUUUUCAUUAUGGUGUUUGUGAUGACUAUUUUGAUCAUAGCAAGAGCAGAUUAAGUAGCAUUUGGUGUGUGGGGAUAAAUCAAUAAAAUUCUCUGUGAUCUGUU